AUGGUAAAGAAUUUGGAAAGGAGAGAUUGGGAUGAUGAGAGGCAGCCUAGUUGCAUUUGGGGAUUAGUCCAUGCACUUGACUACCACAAUUGGCACCCUAAUAUGAGGAAGAAGAUAAAGCAGCGCAUAUACCAACACCCAACCAAUGUCAAAUCCAUCUCGAGUCCCCAGCUGAAAACCUAUUACCCGGAUAAUGAUGAAGCACACAAGCUUCUUUCUGAAAAUGAGAGUCCCUACAUUGCACGCAUAAGAGCAUUAAUGGCUGACGAGACGUACAGAGAAAAUAAAGAAAGACGAAGCAACAAGGGCUCAUCUCCAAAACCAAAUUUACAAAGAACAUACUCCGUACACCACCUCCAAUCUCUGGAUGAUCACUGGAAAGCCAGUCAACCAUUUGACCACACGACUCGAGAGGUCUUGGACAUUUUCAAAGUGGAUAAAGAGCUGUUCAGGAAACAUCUACAAAAAAACGACAAAGAAAAGUUGACGAAAUCACAUUCUUUCCCGAGAAGAAAGCUCAAGCCCGCCAAUCUCGAAAAUAAACAGAGAGAAAAUUGGGUGAACAAAUUUCAAAAUGUUAAUGAUGAAGAAAAGUGUGCUUGCGUAGAUGGGUCAUUAGUCGUUAAAUAUACUCAUCUGUUGAAUGUCUCCAAGAGCUUGAAAUUGAGGAGCGAAUACACAAGUGAGCCUACACAGUUGAGAAGGAUACAAUCUCUAUCCAACCUUGAUUUUUAUUAUCCUAGUCAAGAUUCGGAUAGCAUACUCUCCACUGUAAACAAUGAUCAUAUAUUAUACCGUUUGGAAGAGAAAAAUGAGAAAUGUAAUAAUUCCUUAUGUUCAGAUGAAAAACUUGACAGGUCUGAGAACGAGAUGACGUGGCAGUCUGUGGAAGAUGGCAGGGCUGAGAAGAAGUUGGUGGAUUUUGAUGUUUUCGUGGAGCUCUAUGAUGUGUGCAAGUUGGUUGAUUUGGAGGCUGACAAGAGAUGGAUGAACCUCCAGCUGGACAUGGAGAGUAUUGCACUUGAGCUUGAGGGCAUCAAAUUUACUCAGCUUCUACAGGAGAUCAUUUAUUUCUGA